AUGUCAGAAGAAACUCCAACCCCAACUCCAGAGCCCGAGUUGGUAAAGAUAUCCAUAUUCACCCCCUUGAUUUAUGUUGGAGUGGUGUUGACCAUAUUUGUGGUGUUUUCAAUUUUCUACAGGAGACAUAGACUAGCAAAAUUUCAACAAGUUGAACCUAUUUUCAAAGAGAACUAUAAUGCAAUCUUAUACCAACAGCUAAAGUCACAGUGUAAUGAUCCAGACUUACCAAAGGAUCAAAAACCACAUGAAAAAGUGAUGAAAGCCGCAUUGUUACGCAGAGGAGUUGAAGCUAUCAGAAGAAGCAUGAAAUUGAAAGAGAAUGAACCAGUAUUUAAUAAAUUAUAUCAAAAUGGACUGAUUGGUGAUGACAUGUUUAAGCAAUUAGAAUUUGAGGUAAAGUUCCAGGAGUUGGAAUUGAGAGAUAUUGUUGCCGAAGCUGAACAGUAUAAAAAAGGUUGGUCGCAAACAUUCUUCCCCUUGGCCCAAGAGAUCUGCUUUAAUGAAGCAUUGAGAAGAAGGUUGAAUGCAGUUGAUGAUAGAGCUGGAAAGUUAUCUGAACUUUGGGAUUUGUAG